GCUCGAGCUGCACUUGGAAGGUAGCUGAAGUCGUAAGCAGUUGUCGCUUCCUGAAUAAGUGUUUUGGCUACCAAGUUGUCAUGUUUCGCUGCGCGUUUCUGAUUUUGUUCCUGGCUCUUGGAAAUGAACUCCACCUAUCACAUGCGACUGAAGUGUCAGUCAACAACACGGAGAACAAAUUGUGCCUCUACGCCAAUUUGAUGGUCAACUUCUCAGUCACAUAUGAAGUUGGUGUGAAUAAGAGUGAAACUGUUAUUUUUGUACUGCCUGAAAAUGUGACAACCGAAGGGAGCACCUGCGAUAACACAACAUCGACAUUGAAACUCAGUUUUGGAGACGGACACAGCUGGGCUGUUAAAUUCACUAAGGAAAACAAAACCUACCAAGUAGAUACCAUUGUCUUCUCCUACAAUCUCAACGACACAAGCGUCUUCCCCAACUCUACGUCAAACGAAACCAUGUCUGUGACGGUAAAACCAAUCAUCGCCAACGUGGGUGUGGACACCUACUACUCCUGCAAGAGCAAAGAUGUCCUGAAAGUAGAGUCUGUCAUUCAGACACUGUAUGAUGUUGCUCUACAGGCGUUUGUGAUUAACGGCAGCAAAAGUGACACCGACACCGUAUGCUCCGCUGACAUGCCCUCCACCACUGUGGCGCCCACCACCACCACCGUUACCACCACAGCUGCCCCCACUUCUACCCCUACACUGCCCACACCCACUACUGGAAAGUACAGCAUCGCACCCGACGUCAACAGCACAGCCUGCCUGAUGGCCACAUUCGGCCUGCAGAUCGGCUACAAGCAAGGAGACAAAGUGGAGACCAUCAACCUGGUGCCCAAUAUGACUAAAGUGGGCGGAGCCUGUAGGGCCAACAGCAGCGAUCUCAUACUGACAUCGGAUACAAUCACCAUCAUGUUGACGUUCAGCAACGACGGCAAGAAGUUCCGCCUGCACGCUCUGAACGUCACAGUGAAACCAGCCACUGGGGCGCCCGUCGUUGCAGCCAAUACCAACAUGUCCGUUUGGGUGGCGGCGGUAGGCAGCUCCUACAUGUGCAACAAGGAGCAGACCUUAAACGUCACCGACACGCUCACUCUCUACACUUUCGAGCUUCGCGUCCAGCCCUUCGAAGUCAACAAAGGCGAAUUCGCGUUAGCCCAUCAAUGUUCACUGGAUGACACCAGCAUCUUAAUCCCAAUCAUUGUUGGUGCCGCCCUGGCCGGUUUGAUUCUCAUUGUAGUGAUUGCUUACAUGAUUGGGCGUAGGAAGACCUAUGUGGGAUAUCAGACCCUCUAAAAAGCAAUCUGUGAUCAUGAAUCUGUGAUAAUGAAUCCAGGACACAGGUUGAUCCUUGUGUGUUGGGGGGGGGGGGGUCCCAAAGCCUGAUCCUGGAUGGCUGUCUCGGUGCAGUCUUUCAAUUGACGACUGACUUGUACAACUGGAGUAGUUAGACUAUAAUCUCCUUACUUCAGCCACUGUUAAGAGCUUCUCUUGAGCAGCUUAGUCUAGCUUCGCUUAGGUUUAGACUUGAGCUUAGCCUAGCUUCGCUUAGGUUUAGACUUGAGAGUAGUCUAGCUUCGCUUAGGCUCAGGCAUGAGUAGCUUUAUUCAGGUAAAUCUGAAAACAAAAAAUGCUCUCCAGGACCAGGUUGGACAACCCUACCCCUGUUAUUUGUUUGUAAUUUCAGUUUUGUUUGAUUUGCUUUCUUUUUUCUUUUUUUCUCCCUUGUUGUAAAGGAGCAAGCGCAGGAUUAUUUGCCCUCUGUGUUAGCCAGUGCAAUUUGUUUGAAACCUUUGGAACCAGUAAAGGCCUUAUUUAUUGAAAGAUCUCUGAAUGUGAUUGCAUCUGUAUCACUUGCCAGAUGAUUCUCAUUCAGGGUAGGGACGCUUUUGAUCAAGUAGCACAUUUCAUAGAAACUCCAGUUAAAGUCCUUGUGCUACAGUUUGCACAUUUUCACGAGGAGCUGUGACGAUUGGGGGCUGUGUCCUUAUCACUAUGUAUCAUGUGCUUGCUCCCUCCCUAUCUUUUGGCAUUACUUUUUUUCUUUUUUGUUCUUAUUUAAUUUGUGUGUACAUUUUAGUUCAACCUCUUGUGGUUUCAUUCAUCCACACAAUUCAUCGUAGCAGCGCAACAUUUCGACCGACUGAAACAUUUCAAAUUUGCCUCGCUGCUCAAUGAGACGUCAUUGAGUAGCUUUGUUGAUUUGGCUCAGGAACUCUUUUACUAACUAACCAGGAUCAAGGUCUGCUGCUUUGCGCUCUUCGCUCUUUCAGCCCAUUACUGAUCAUCCGCUAGUCAGUCAGUAGUUUGAAUUAGCAAAUGUAUGACUUGACUGAAGUCUGUGUGGCCACAACUCGUGUAAAACGAAAAGGUGGUUUUACUGGCAUAUAGUUCUGUCUCUAAGUUGACUUUACAAAACAAGGGAUCUGUCGUUUAUAUGUUCACACACAGCAGUACUUGACAUUAUGGUUGCCACCUAUGUCAGUCCGUCUCUGUGACUUGUGUUAACCCUUUGACUGACUGGCUCACUUUGGGUAGUGUGAAAUCUACCAAGUGUUUAAUUAAUUUUGAAAAGUUCAUGCCUAGUUUGAGGAUGUAAAAGACAAACCUGAAAAGAAAGGUAACACAAAACCCCUCUCCUGUCGUUACAUGUUGGCAUCAGGUUUAAAAAAGGGAUAGCUCUGGUUUUUGCUGUCAUUCAAACCUGUUCUUUGCAGAUGGUGAUAUUCUUUUAAACAUAUAAAUGCACAAAAUUGCUCAGUAAGUUCAACAUAAAUUGAAAAUGCGUGCUGCAGUGUUACACCUGUGUAUAGUAUAGCCGUUGCUGCGGUGUUGCUCCCGAAAGCUGCCGGUCUAUUCCAUUUCAAUUAAGUUUGUUUCAGUAACUGAAAUUCUAAUUCACAUUUUCCUCACAGCUUUUUCAUGAGAAAAAUUGGAAUUAGAAUUUCAGUUUACUUCCUGAAUUGACUUAAAUGAAAUGGCAUUGACUCUAACCCUGCCCAGUUAACCGCUUGUAAGUUGCACCAAUCGACAGAGUAGGAGAAAGGAUGAUUGUCCACAGGAUGUGCAGUACCUGUGUAUAUUUCUGUACUGUUAGAAGGAAAGGUGACAAUGGCUAGUUGCUGUGUAUUAUCACGGUCUGCAUGAUGGGCCCUGUGUAGCUCAGUUGGUAGAGCAUGGUGCUUGCAACGGCAGGGUUGUGGGUUAGAUUCCCACGGGGGGCCAGUAUGAAAAAAAUGUAUGCACUCACUAACUUUAAGUCGCUCUGGAUAAGAGCGUCUGCUAAAUGACAAAGAUGUAAUGAAUAAAUUUGAUUGCCGCCUUUCAUUUCUAUUGGUCAACCAAUACUUUUUUUUUUCAGAUGCUGUAUAUGUGAAUGAUUUGCUUUUUUUCCCCUUUUCCAAUAUAAUCUUUUUGAUUCUUGCUUUACAAUCUGUUGUGUUGUCUUGGAAAAUUGACUGCUUUUGUACAAAUUCUGUUUGUGUUACUAUGGUUUUAAAAUGGUCUUUUUAGACCAUGUAUAAAAUCAAUUCUAAACUAC